AGUCGAGGCCGAGACCGCAGCGCAGAAGGCCACGCAGGAGGACGGCGCGGGGCAAGGGUCGGCCCAAGACGACUCCACAGAGCAGACUGCUCAGAACACGACCCAGACAUCUCAGUGAGACGUCUCGCCGAGCCGAAGCCCAACUUGCAGUCCAGACCAGGCGCUGUAGAAUUGCUCAUCUGUAUGUAUUCAUCUCCCCAUACCAAGAAAGUUCCUUCAGGUCUGCAUCUUGAGUCUCACCUCUUGGAAAUGAAUGCGAAGCGAGCUCUAUCCAAAGUUGCCCAGCCUUUGCUUGCUCCAUACGUACAUUCCCCGUUGCAAGCCUCCUGUCACCUAAUUGGAUUCGAGCUGCCCUCACAUCUCCACGGGCUUAGACAGUACCCCAGCUUCCUCGCUGCACCUCCCCGCUGUACUCGUGCAUACUCACUGCAACCUCCCCCACCUUCUCCUUUGCAGUGUUCCCGCCCCGUCCUUUCCGUAUCUUCCUCCGGCACGGCACGGCAUAAUGAAGGGUCUAAAUCCAGCCGCACGUGCGUUGCGAUGCAUUGCUAUCUACGACUGUUCACUACUUGCCACGCCACAUUAUGCCACGCUUUUGCCACACUCUACUACAGUGUGGAGACAGACGUAUGGGAAAAGGGGCCAGACUUACCUGCACUCCACAGGGUGAGCAAUGAGGGUGAGGGUGAGGGUGGGUUGUAGAGGGAACAGGGAAGGACGUAGAGCAGGGAGAAGGGAGAGGGAAGAAGGCGCGAGACUCGCAUUACUCCUCCUCCUCCUCUGAAACAAGCAAGCAAGCAAGUCCUGUCUUCUAUCUAGUCUAGACCAACUGAUUCGCCCACGGGCCGACUGACGGACUGACCCUCAUAAAAGUGUGGUGUGGCAAAGACUACACGCUCA